AUGGCUGCGCAAUCAACCUUGCGGCAUACUGCCGCUGAGGAGAUGCUGGCGGCCUUCCUCGACAAAUGGACUGGCAGGAUACAGACAAAACUCCGCCGAACUUCGCGCACGACGCGUAUCCUCGCGACUCUGGCACUCGCGGCCUCAAUUAUCCUCGGCGCAGAGGGAGGGCGACGAUGGUGGAAGAACCGACGACAUGAGCGAGAGCAAGGUCGCAAACUCGUGCGCACAAACUCAUGGCUACACAACAAGGACGGAUCGCGAACCAUCUAUGUUCCCUACAAAGAUGGGACAACCAAGGUUGUCAUCAACACGACCAAGCCGCUCACAUUUGACGCUCAUCGGCGCCUCUUCCUUAACCCACCGCGCGUUUCUGGACUGCGCGAAGGCACUGUGCCCUCGGCGCAAACCAAGCCCGGUCUGAAUCUUGCUUUCCUGCACCAAUUUCUGAGCCUUAUGAGCAUCAUGAUUCCGAGGUGGUCAAGUAAAGAAGCUGGAUUGCUACUCAGUCACGGCGUAUUUCUGAUGCUGCGGACGUAUCUUUCGCUGGUCGUGGCCCGUCUCGACGGUGAGAUUGUGCGCGAUCUUGUCGCUGGCAAUGGCAAGGCUUUCCUCUGGGGCAUCCUCAAAUGGUGCGGACUUGGAGGCUUCGCCUCAUACACCAACGCCAUGAUCAAGUUCCUCGAGUCCAAGGUAUCGAUCGCAUUUCGAACGCGACUUACACGGUACAUCCAUGAUCUCUACCUGAACGAUAAUCUUAAUUACUAUAAGCUCUCGAACCUGGACGGAGGCGUUGGCCAAAGCGCGGACCAGUUUAUCACCCAAGAUCUGACUCUAUUCUGUGCAGCAGCGGCCAACAUUUACUCGUCACUUGGAAAACCGUUUGUCGAUCUUUGUGUCUUUAACUACCAGCUCUACCGGUCGCUUGGUCCCCUUGCUCUGACAGGUCUUAUGAGCAAUUACUUCUUGACUGCGAGCAUCCUUCGAAGGCUUUCCCCACCAUUCGGCAAGCUAAAAGCCGUGGAAGGACGCAAAGAGGGUGACUUCCGAAGCUUGCAUGCCAGGUUAAUUGCCAAUGCUGAGGAGGUUGCCUUCUAUGGUGGUGCGGAGACGGAAAAGACGUUUCUGAAUCGCGAAUUCAAGUCACUGAAGUCGUGGAUGGAAGGCAUCUACAUGCUCAAGAUCCGAUACAAUAUCCUCGAAGACUUUAUUCUCAAAUACAGCUGGAGCGCCUACGGAUAUCUCCUGGCAUCACUGCCCGUCUUUUUGCCAGCAUGGGGUGGCGUUGGCGGCCGAGCUGAGAUGGCCGAGAAUGGACACCGGGGAGGCCGAGAACGCAAUCGUAUGAAGGAGUUUAUCACCAACAAGAGGCUCAUGCUCUCGCUUGCAGAUGCUGGAGGUCGUAUGAUGUAUUCGAUCAAGGACCUUUCGGAACUGGCAGGGUACACUAGCCGUGUAUACACGCUCAUCUCGACUCUGCACCGGGUACAUGCCAAUGCCUACCAUAUCCGAGGUGGCCAGAGCGAAUUGUAUUCGCUAUCCGACGUUCAAGGGACGAUCCAGAAGGGAUUUGACGGUGUUCGGUUUGAGCAUGUUCCGGUUGUGGCCCCUGGUCUGUGGCCGCAGGGAGGCGAGGAGUUGCUUGACUCCCUGUCUAUCAUAAUUCGAAGGGGGGAGCAUCUACUGAUUUCUGGAUCAAACGGAGUGGGUAAAAGUGCCAUUUCCCGAAUCCUCGCAGGUCUCUGGCCAGUUUACAGAGGAUUGGUGAGUCGGCCCAAGAACAUCGGCCAAGACGGCAUCAUGUUCUUGCCCCAGCGACCGUACCUGAGCCCAGGCACACUUCGCGAUCAAGUCAUUUAUCCCGAUGGCCACGUGGACAUGCGAGAGAAGCGCAAGUCGGAAGAUGACCUUAAGAGCAUACUGGAGGCCGCAAGGUUAGGCUACCUUCCUGAUCGAGAAGGAGGGUGGGAUACGCGAAAGGAGUGGAAGGAUGUGCUUAGCGGAGGUGAGAAGCAGAGGAUGGGAUUUGCUCGUCUGUUAUAUCAUGAACCUCAGUAUGCCAUCGUGGAUGAAGGCACCAGCGCCGUGUCAAGCGACGUGGAAGGCUUGCUCUACGAGACAUGCAAGGAGAGGGGCAUCACACUCAUUACCAUCUCAACUCGGGCUUCCCUUAAGAAGUACCACACAUACAACCUCGUCCUGGGAAUGGGAGAGCGAGGCGAUGAGUGGGAGUUUGAGCGAAUUGGAACCGAGCGAGAGAAGAUGCAGGUUGAGAAGGAGUUACAAGAACUGCACGAGCGACUUGCGCAGGUGGACGAGUGGAAGAAGCGACGGGAUGAGAUCGAGGCUGAGCUGGCAGCGGUGUGGACGGAUCAGGGAGAGAAGCUGGAGGCCCCGGCGUAUGCGGAAGAGGUUGUUGAGGCCCAAGAGUAG